AUGUCCUACGACCACAACGCCGCCAUGUGUCUCCCCCUGUGCUACGAGAUCAUCAUGGACCGGGCCUGUGGGAAGAUGGCCGCCGCCUCCUGGCUCGGCGGGGGGCUGAGCGGAGUCAUCCACACUUCCGUGACUUUCUCCCUCCUCUUCUGUGACACCAACGCCAUCCACCAGUUCUUCUGCGACAUCCCUUCCCUCAUCAGGCUCUCCUGUUCCAGACGCUACAUCGACGAGAUCGCCGUUAUGGGCCUCAGUGUGUUUCUGGGCCUCGGUUGUUUCGUAGGCAUCGUUGUCUCGUACGCAUGCAUCUUCAGGGCCGUGCUGAGGAUUCCGACGGCUGAGGGCCGGGCCAAAGCCUUCUCCACCUGCUUGCCUCACCUCAUCGUCGUCAUCUUGUUUCUCUCUAUUUCCUUCUUUACCUAUCUCAAGCCUCCCUCAGACUCCACCUCGACGCUGGACCUGCUGUUGUCCGUGUUCUGUGCCGUGGUGCCCCCCUCUCCUGGGAUGGAUAAAACCAUCUUCCAGAAGGAAAUGGCCAAUCUCACAGAGGUUUCGGAAUUCUUCCUUCUGGGAUUCUCGGAGUACGUCCACUACUCCCUGACCGACGGUAGAGAAAUCUCCCUCCCGGGCUCUGCUUUCCAAGUGAAGAUGGUGGCCGCCUUGUGGCUCUUUGGCACAAUGAGCGCCUUGGCGCACACCAUUACCACCUUCUCCGUCCCCAUCUGGAGGUCCAACGUCCUUCCUCAGUUCUUCUGUGACAUCCCUCAGCUCAUCAGUCUCGCGGGGCCCGAUGGAAAUCUCCAGGAAUUCGUGACAAAAACCGUCUCAGUCGGCCUCACCUUCGGUUAUUUCCUCUCCAUUGUCAUCUAG